ACGUGCUAAUGUAAGUGAAAGUUGAGUAGUAGAGAAGUGACGAUGAGAAAGCAAAUGGCAAGAUCCAAAUCCCCAGUUUUGGUAUUCACCCUGGUUUUGGCGGCUCUCUCCCUCCUCUUCUUCAUCCUCCUCUCUUUCCGCAGCGACGGAUUCUCCGAUGGGCCGCUCCACCCGAACAACCCGAUUUACAAACCCGAAACCUCCUUCGUGGCAUCCCUGGAGCGCUUCCUCCUCGCUCCUCCCACCUCCCAAGCGACGCCCGAUCCCAAACACCUCGACGACUUAGUCUUCCAAACCGAGACUCAGCGUCUCUAUUCAGAUCCGUACUACCCACUCAGCAUGCCUCUCCGGGUCUACGUCUACGACAUGCCCCACAAGUUCACCUUCGAUCUCCUCCGCCUCUUCAUCUCCACCUACAAGGACACCUCCAAUCUCACCUCUAAUGGCAGCCCCGUCCACCGCCUCGUCGAACAGCAUUCCAUUGACUACUGGCUUUGGCGGGAUUUGCUAGCUCCGGAAUCAGAGCGGCUGGUGAAAAGCGUGGUGAGAGUGCAUCGGCAGGAGGAGGCGGACCUCUUCUACAUCCCCUUCUUCACCACCAUUAGCUUCUUCUUGAUGGAGAAACAGCAUUGCAAAUCGCUUUACAGGGAAGCUCUCAAGUGGAUCACCGAUCAGCCUGCCUGGAACCGCUCCGCUGGAAGGGAUCACAUCAUUCCUGUUCAUCAUCCUUGGUCGUUUAAGUCUGUCCGCCGAUCUGUGAAGAAUGCUAUCUGGCUGCUUCCUGACAUGGACUCUACUGGCAACUGGUACAAGCCCGGACAAGUUUAUCUGGAAAAAGAUCUCAUUCUCCCUUAUGUUGCCAAUGUUGAUUUCUGUGAUACCAGAUGUGUGUCUGAGACUCGAUCCAAGAGAACAACUCUACUCUUUUUCCGUGGCCGGCUUAAAAGAAAUGCUGGAGGGAAGAUUCGUGCAAAACUUGUGGCAGAACUUAGUGGGGCUGAGGGUGUAUCUAUAGAAGAGGGUACAGCCGGAGAAGGAGGAAAGGCAUCAGCUCAAAAUGGAAUGCGCAAAUCUAUCUUCUGCUUAAACCCAGCUGGUGAUACUCCUUCGUCCGCUAGAUUAUUUGAUGCCAUUGUUAGUGGUUGCAUACCGGUCAUAGUUAGUGAUGAGUUGGAGCUUCCUUUUGAAGGAAUUCUAGAUUAUAGAAAGAUUGCUUUAUUUGUUUCUUCCAGUGAUGCUGUUCAACCGGGGUGGCUUUUAACAUAUCUUAGAAAUAUUAGCCCUGCUCAAAUUGAAGAAAUGCGCCAGAAUCUCGCCAAGUACUCGAGGCAUUUUAUAUAUUCCAGUCCGGCUCAACCCCUGGGUCCAGAAGACUUGGCUUGGAGAAUGAUGGCUGGUAAGUUGGUGAACAUCAAGCUUCACACUCUGAGAUCUCAGCGUGUUGUAAAGGAGUCGAGAAGCAUCUGCACCUGCAACUGCAGACGCCCCAACUCCACCACCGCAGGCCCCUUAUUGUAAAUAUCAACUACUAUCUCACAGUUACUUUUGUGCUUGGAGUUACGUGAUUCGCCUACUGUUGUAGUUGUUGUGGGUGACUGAUCGGUUGGCAUUGAGGAUUAGUUAUUCAUAUAGUGGAUACAAUGUCCUUGAAUACGUGUAAUUGGUUUGUGUCUCAAUACUGCCAUUCAGUAGGGCUAUAGACAAGUAGUCAGGGAAGCCCACAGUAGCUUACAUCUCUUUGUUUGGUUUGCCAUCCUAUUCGUGAACAUUGGGGUUCUUCAUUUCAUUUGUUCGAGACCUGUGUAGUUGAGAUUCAAGAGGCCGGAAGCACAUGAGAAAGGAGGAAGAGUAAAAGGUUUCCAUCGGACCCGAGCCUAUGGUCGCUAUCGUUGGCGGAGUCUAAGCAUAAAGCGAUGAACUGGGCGUUGGAAAACACAAGAGAAGCAAGCUAGCACUACUGUUAGAAUUCAAUGGAGUUCAAAUUUGAAAUGGGCGUAGUCCUAGAGUA